ACAGUGGCAGCCAGAAACUGUCCCUAAGGAACCAUACGGUCCGAUCAUAUAUAAACUGGAGACUCCCGGCAGGCAGCACAGGGUUCUCGACACUUGCAUGCAGCGAGGCUCGGUGAGGGACGCAGACAUCCAUCGAUCGAGAAGACCAGAAGACACUUGGCAAUAAAGACAUGCUUAGCGUCAAAGCUGACCUCAAGCGUCUCGGGGACGACGGCGAGGAUUCGGUGAGCAUUUCCGGGUUGGUCUGGGAGACGUGAGGGGCAAGCGUGAGGCUUCUGUGUGGAAGGUGUAGGAAGCCGGAGUGCCGGCUGCAAAGCUGCGCGGAGCCGGGAGGGUUCCCGGAAGCCCCUCCGGGCCCGACUCGGGCUCAGGGGCCCCGCCCGGUCGGCGCCGCUCGCAGCGAAGGAGACACGAGCGAUGGGCGGGCCCAGAGUGUGGUUACCGCCCCUGCUCUCGGGGUUUUCAAACAGGUCCGGCACUUUGCUAUAAAAGGGCUGCUUGGCGCCGACCGGAGUGGUGCUUCCGUAGCGUUUUGGUGGUGUGGUGACGAUGUCUGGUCGCGGCAAAGGCGGGAAGGGUCUGGGCAAGGGGGGCGCCAAGCGCCACCGCAAGGUGCUGCGCGACAACAUCCAGGGCAUCACGAAGCCCGCCAUCCGGCGGCUGGCCCGGCGCGGCGGCGUCAAGCGCAUCUCCGGCCUCAUCUACGAGGAGACCCGCGGGGUGCUCAAGGUGUUCCUGGAGAACGUGAUCCGGGACGCCGUCACCUACACGGAGCACGCUAAGCGCAAGACGGUCACGGCCAUGGACGUGGUGUACGCGCUCAAGCGCCAGGGCCGCACUCUCUACGGCUUCGGGGGCUAAAUGUCACCGUUCAACCUACCGAAAGCAUGCGAUUCUCACCCAAAGGCCCUUUUCAGGGCCACCUACCGCGUUCUCCAAAAGCGCUGUCCACCUCGUGUUCCCCAGUCGCUGUUGAGCCAGGUUAAGCAGUCGCUGUUUUGCGGUUUUGAAGUGAAACUGAUUUGACAACUAACACUCUGCCUUUCUGGUGCUUUCUGAGAAUGAAAGCAUAUCCAGAACAGCAGCCUGUGCUAAGUUGUGGAUUUGAAUAUAUGUCCCUGUCGUGUUUCAGAGGGAUUCCCCGUCCUGCGUGGCUGGCUUCUUUCUGAGCCCACCAGAACCUUCUAUUGUACUCCCGGUUAGUGUUCUACAGAUUUGUUUCUGAACGUAAGUCCACUUAAAUUUGCGUUAACAGAUGGUUGAAUUCCUGCUAGUGAGGUCAUGUGCUUUUCGACCCCAAACCUUCGUGGUUCAGAUCCCACCUUUGCGUCAGGAAAUGCGUGCUCGACUAGCAGCUCGCGGAUGGGUGACACAUUGUUCUCGGUCUGUAAACCUUGAGUCUCAGACUGUCAACAUUGCCACCGUGUGUUAACAAUGGGUCUGAUUUUGUGGAGAUUCUUGCGGGACCGUUGUGCUGUGUCAACUGGUCUAUUUCCAAUAAAAUGUGUUCCCUGGAA